CGCGCCUGUUUUUACAACAGAAGAACGCAGCGAAGAAGAAAGUGAGUGAGAAACAGACACUUGGAGAGAAGGAGAAGGAAAUUCCAGAAAAAACUCCACCACCGAGGCGUAAGAAGGGAGAAGAUUCUUUGGUUUGUUGAAGUAAGUAAAUGAGGAGCAAACUGGACUUUCCCAUGGAGAAUUGUGCACAGCAUAUGGACUUGAGUGGUGAUAGCAACACCCUCAUCUUGCCAGCAAAGAGAAGGAACAAAAGGAAGGGCACCAAUCAGGAUUGUGAAAAACUCAAUAAAAGAAAAGCAACAAUGAUUAGCAAAUCCCAGCAAAGGAAACUGAAGAAGUUGGAGGAGGAGAAGGAAAAAUCUGUUUCCAUAUCCAAAAGCAUUGAGGCCUUAGAGAAAUAUAAGCUUCCAGAGGGUGCACAUUCUCUUUUGCAGUCAUCAAAGAAUAUUGGCAAGGUUGAGUCUAAAAAGGAAAAACGUAGGAAUGCUGUACUAUUCUCCAAAGCUGGCUUUGGUGUUCCCCUUACUGACCAACCGUUUAAGAAGAUAGAUAGUGAAAGUGAAAGUGAAAGUGAACCUGAGUUAGAAAAAACUCAAUCAAGGUCGGAUCUUUGGAAGAAUGAUCAGGUGCAAUCAAAGAUAGUCCCAGCAGAAAUCCAAAAGAACACAUUUAUUUCUUUGGACUCCUCUCAGGGUCUAAUCUGUGGCAGAGGACUUGGCGUGAAUGGUGGAACUGCUGCUGACUCACCAUAUAAAAAUGCUAUUAGCAACAAACAUGACAUGUCUUUGCGAGAACACAUAAACAUUUUGCCCACUUCAAGUGUGAAUGAUGAUAGUCAAAGCAUGAAGAUGGACAAAGUAAAAGAAACACCAAAUGUAAAUUUCAGCAGGACGAGUAAAUUAUCAAAUUCUCCUACACCGAGGUCUCUAAUCGCCCCAACUAUAGUGCAUGUAUCAAGGCCUGAGGAAGUUGAAAAUGCAAGGAAGGAUCUUCCAAUAGUAAUGAUGGAGCAGGAGAUAAUGGAGGCUGUUAAUGACCAUUCCACUGUUAUUAUAUGUGGAGAGACUGGGUGUGGUAAAACCACCCAAGUUCCACAGUUUCUUUUUGAAGCCGGCUUUGGUUCAAGCUUCUCUUGUGUCCAAAGUGGUAUAAUUGGUGUUACUCAACCUCGUCGUGUUGCAGUCCUUGCGACUGCUAAGCGAGUGGCAUAUGAGCUUGGUCUACAUUUAGGUAAAGAGGUCGGGUUUCAAGUUAGGUAUGACAAAAGGAUCGGUGAAAGUUGCUCCAUCAAGUUCAUGACAGAUGGAAUAUUACUACGGGAACUUCAGAAUGACUUUUUGCUGAAGCGAUACUCUGUCAUAAUUCUUGACGAGGCUCAUGAGCGGAGCUUGAACACUGACAUUCUUAUCGGAAUGCUUUCACGUGUAAUUCGUGCUCGCGAGGAAAAAUUUGCAGAGCAGCAACGGGAGGUGCUUUCGGGAAGAACUAUAAUUACUGGGCAACAGAUUUGUCUUUUGAAGCUUGUUCUGAUGAGUGCCAUGCGAGUGGAGGACUUCAUGUCUGGUAGAAAGCUGUUUCGCAAUCCCCCGCCAGUUAUAGAAGUUCCCACCAGACAAUUUCCUGUAACCAUUUACUUUUCAAGCAGAACUAAGGAAGAGGAUUAUAUUGGGCAAGCAUGUAAAAAAGCCUUGGCAAUUCACAAGAGGCUGCCACGCGGGGGCGUACUUGUGUUCGUCACUGGGCAGAGGAAAGUAGAGUAUUUGUGUCGAAAGCUACAUAGAGUUUCAAAGGAACAGUUUAAAAAAACAACUGAAGGGGAUAUUAGGAGUGAUGUCACUGAAGUUUCUGAAAGAAGUUCUACUGAGGAAAUAGACAUGAAGGAGAUCAAUGAAGCAUUUGAGGUUCAUGAUUUGGCUGGCCAUCAAACUAACAGAUUUAGCUAUAAUGAUGAAGAUCAGUUUGAUAUAGAUGACGAUGAGUAGGAUGAUUCAUAUGAUUCAGAAACAGAGAAUGAACUGGAAUUUAUUGGUGACCAUGGCGACUCAUUGAUCCAAGCUAGUCUGGAAAUUGAUGGUGAUGUGGAAAAUCUUUUAGGAGAGGAAGGAGGCAUUACUGCACUGAAGCUUGACGCAAAAACUUCAUCUAACUUCAAUUCUGAUGAGAAACAACCAUUUUCAGUUACUCCAAAUGCUUGCUACAAAUCCAAUCCUAGCAUGGGAAAAAAGAGUGGAGUUGAAGAGAAUACUUCUCCAGGUACAUUUCAUGUUCCUCCUCCUUAUGCCAUGCUGCAUGUGAAAGAUCAGCUUCAUGUCGUUGAAGAAGUCAGGGAAGGAGAACGGCUCGUUGUUGUGGCCACCAAUGUGGCUGAAACAUCUUUAACUAUACCUGGGAUAAAGUAUGUUGUCGAUACUGGAAGAGAGAAAGUGAAGAGCUACAAUUCCUCAAAUGGCAUGGAAACAUAUGAAGUACAGUGGAUAAGUAAGGCAUCAGCUGCUCAACGUGCAGGAAGAGCUGGAAGAACUGGGCCUGGAUACUGUUACCGUCUGUAUUCUUCUGCAGCAUUUAGUAACAUAUUUCCUGACUUUUCUCCGGCUGAAAUAUCUAAAGUCCCUGUUGAUGGUGUUGUACUUUACAUGAAAUCCAUGAAUAUUGAUAAGGUAUCCAAUUUUCCAUUUCCAACUCCUCCAGAGGGUGCUGCCUUGGAUGAAGCUGAGCGUUGCUUAAAGAUCCUUCAAGCACUUGACAGCAAUGGAAGACUGACACCUUUAGGGAAGGCCAUGGCUGAUUUCCCCAUGAGUCCUCGCCACUCUAGGAUGCUGCUUACAGUUAUUCAAGUAAUGUGUAAGGAGAAGAGUUACUCUAGGGCUAAUUUAGUGCUAGCAUACGCAGUUGCAGCAGCAGCUGCUUUGAGUUUGUCAAAUCCUUUUGUCAGGCAGUUUGAAGAUAGUCACACAAAAAGCCAAGACUUAGAUGGGGACGGAAAUUCCAGUGGCACUGUGAACAUUGAAGUUAUGGACAAGCAAGAGAAGUUGAGAAGGAAGAAACUAAAAGAAACUGUAAAAAUGUUUCGUGAAAAAUUUUCUAAUCCCAGCAGUGAUGCUCUGUCUGUAGCUUAUGCUUUGCAGUGCUAUGAACUUUCAGAGAGCCCAGUGGAAUUCUGUAAUGUCAAUGCUCUACACCCGAAAACAAUGGAGGAAAUGUCCAAGCUGAGAAAGCAACUACUCCAACUUGUCUUUAACCAAAGUGGUGUUUCUGGUGGGGAGAAGGAUUUUUCAUGGAUUUUUGGAAGUUUGAAAGAUGUAGAAAAUGUUUGGAGGGUUUCCCAUGAUAAGAACCCUCUAUUAUUGUAUGAGGAAGAGCUCCUAGGCCAAGCUAUCUGCGCUGGUUGGGCAGAUAGGGUUGCCAAACGCAUUAGAGGAAGUUCCGGGUUAUCUUUAGGAGAUAAAAAAGUUCAUGCAGUUCGGUAUCAAGCCUGCAUGGUUAAAGAGAUUGUGUUCCUCCACCGUUGGUCAUCUGUUUCUAAUUCAGCCCCUGAGUUUUUGGUAUACAGCGAGUUGAUACAGACAAGACGUCCGUACAUGCACGGUGUUACUAGUGUGAAAUCAGAAUGGCUUGUUGAGUAUGCUCGGUCUCUGUGCACUUUCUCCGCACCCCCAACAGAUACCAAACCUUACUAUGAGCCUCUAACUGACCAAGUAUUACAUUAUGUCAUUCCAGCCUUUGGUCCUCAUUUAUGGGAGCUUCCAUCACAUAGUAUUCCAAUUAGUAAUUAUGCAUUUCGAGUGGCAGUUUUUGCUUAUGCUUUGCUUGAAGGCCAGGUUUUGCCAUGUUUAAGAUCUGUUCGUAAGUAUAUGGCAGCCCCUCCUGCUAGUGUUUUAAGGCCAGAGGCAGCAGGUCAAAGACGGGUUGGGAGUCUUUUGGCUAAGCUGAAUAGAAAAAAGAUAGACAGCUGUGCUAUGUUAAGAGAGGUCUGGAAGGAGAAUCCCAAGGAAUUGCAUCCAGAAAUCAUGGACUGGUUUCAGGAGGGUUUCCACAAUAAUUUCAAAACUGUUUGGUCACAUAUGCUUAGUGAAGUAAUUUUAGAGCCCCAAGAUCGAUUCCUGAAGACAUCAAAGAGAGUUAAAGUGAAAAAAUAAAUUGCUGGUAUGGAAGUUUGGCCAGCAUACCGGCAUAUUAUUGUUUCUCUAUAUAACAUAAUUAUAAUUCUUUGAUUUAAUGUGAAAAAUAGCCAGAAGGAAUGAUCAGCCACUGUAUCUGUAUGGAAAUGCAUUGACCUCGACGUGCCCUAUGACUGAAGCUACUGCAGUUAGGUUUCAGAGAGGAUGAUAAUGAGAGAUAUCGGCCCCACAAUUGGGAAUCAGAACGACAUGAGCACAAUAAAGAGCAUCCUCCAGGUCAUCAAUCCAAGCUCAGUGAUGAAUUUCCAAUUCAUAAAAUCUAUAUCUUGGUUAAGUUAGACCAUGAUUGAGUUUAAGCCCACUGUAAUAGUUAUCAAAGAACAUUUUAGUUUGUUUGUUCAGCUGACGCUUAAUAACCUUCUUGUUUGGACUUUCCAUUUCAUAUGCUUUCUUGAGCUGCUUGAAGAAUUUGGUUAUUUAGCUUAGAUGUGCAGAUGGUUUAGUGAUAUUGUUUUUGUUGGACAAUCAGCGUACCUAGAGGUUGACUCUAUCAAUUCUAGGAGGUUUCAUUUAAUUUAUUUAGUUUUUUAAUA